AUGGCUGCCAGCGAGCGAGUUCUAUUGCUCAUAAGUUGGUUGCUGUUCAUGUUUUGUUCAGUUGCCGGCCAAGAGAAAGUCUCCGAGAUCCCCAAAAUUACCGAACAUCCUUUAGACGUGAUAGUGCCUCGUCAUGAGCCAGCCACGUUGAACUGCAAGGCAGAAGGCACACCGGUACCAAUAAUUACUUGGUACAAGGAUGGUGAGCCGAUUAAAGCCGAACAGGGUUCCCGCAAAAUCAUGUUGCCCGCUGGAGGUUUAUUUUUUUUAAAGGUCGUGCACUCACGUCGUGAAAGCGACUCCGGCGUGUAUUGGUGCGAAGCGUCUAGCGAACUUGGAACAGCGAGAAGUCGUAACGCGACUCUUCAAGUGUCUGUUUUGCGAGAGGAGUUUCGGUUAGAGCCACAGAAUACAAGAGUCGCCCAAGGUGAAACAGUGUUACUAGAAUGUGGUCCUCCGAGGGGAUCACCAGAGCCCACGGUUUUCUGGCGCAAAAAUGGUCAAACUUUAGAUUUGGCUAAUACAAAACGGAUCCGCAUCGUUGACGGGGGUAAUCUGGCAAUACAAGAUGCUCGCCAGUCCGACGAUGGUCGAUAUCAGUGUGUCGCCAAAAAUAUCGUCGGUGUUCGGGAAUCGACUGUAGCUUUUUUGCGGGUACAUGUGAAACCCUUCCUGAUACGAGGGCCACAGAACCACACGGUCGUGGCAGGUAGUUCGGUCGUGUUCCAAUGUCGGGUCGGAGGCGAACCUCUACCGGAUGUUCUUUGGAGGAGGUCGGCAUCUGGUGGAAAUAUGCCUCUAGAACGUGUUCGUGUUUUGGAAGAUAGGAGCUUACGUAUAGAGGACGUAAAAAUCGAAGACAUGGGGGAAUACAGCUGUGAAGCGGACAACGCAGUUGGAUCCAUCACCGCUUCUGGAGCACUGAUGGUGCAUUCACCACCUAGUUUUCUUAUACGACCGAAAAAUCAACUGGUAGAGCUCGGUUCUGAGGCGCUGUUUGAGUGUCAAGCAAUCGGUCAUCCUUACCCGACUCUUUUUUGGUCCAUCGAAGGAAAUCGGACACUGCUAUUGCCGGGCAGCAAGUUGGGAAAGAUUGAAGUUACCAAUAAUGAAGAUGGAAUUAGUGUUCUUUCUAUACAUCAUAUCGAACGGUUGGAAAACAAUAAGGUCAUCGUCUGCAGUGCCGUAAACAGUGUUGGAAGUGUUAGUACGCGCGUUGUCUUGAGUGUGAAUCUUCAACACGAUCGUCCACCACCUCUUAUCGUGCAAGGUCCAGUGAAUCAAACCCUGCCCAUCAAAUCCGUAGCUAUACUGCCUUGCAAAGCCUCGGGUGCCCCAACACCGGUUAUCUCUUGGUAUAAGGACGGCAUUCCUGUGCCUACCUCAGUGAAAACCAACAUCUCAGAAUCGGGUACGUUGACCAUUGCCGAUCUCAGUAAAUCGGAAGAUAGUGGACUUUACACAUGCGUAGCCAGCAGCAAAACAGGCAAAAGCACAUGGAGUGCCUCGCUUCGGCUGGAUGCUCCGACAAAUCCAAACAUUAAAUUCUACCGCGCACCCGCCGCGUCAACCUUCCCGGAACCUCCUGGAAAACCGCAAAUUAUUACAGUUUCACAAAGCUCCGUAACCAUUUCUUGGCUGAGAACUAGCAAAGUAGGAGCAUCCAGUUUACUUGGAUAUAGAGUGGAAGUGUUCGGUCGAAAUCAAACGGACGGUUGGCUGCAAGUUGGAAGCAAACUUCAAGACAAUACGUUUACACAUACGGGCCUUAGCGCAGGAGUAACGUACUACUUCGUAGUGCGUGCAGAAAACUCUCACGGCAUCUCAAUGCCAAGCCCUCUUUCUGAGCCAGUCCUGCUCGGCAUGACUGACAGCGCCAAUAUUGGAAUCGAUUUGAGCGAGGCCAGAGCCAGCUUAUUAUCUGGAGACGUUGUAGAACUUGUCAACGCUUCAUCCAUUGAUUCCACGACUGUGAAAUUAGCUUGGGAAAUCAUCAAUGGCAAGUACGUUGAAGGAUUUUACAUCUACGCACGAAAUCUGAAUGUUGGUCAACCACAACGACGUCAAUCUUACAAAAUGUUAACAGUGCUGAAUGCCGGUGCCUCGUCCUGUUCCAUAUCCGGGCUAGAUAAGUACACUGAGUACGAGUUUUUUAUAGUGCCUUUCUACAAAUCCGUCGAAGGCAAGCCAUCCAACUCACGGGUAUCGAGAACACUCGAAGAUGCUCCCAGCGAACCACCAUACGCGAUGGAAGCCCUACUAUUGAACUCCUCCGCAGUGUACCUGAAGUGGAAACCACCGCCUGCAGCUGUACAAAAUGGUAUCUUACGUAAUUACAACAUUAUCGUGCGAGGAGUUGAUCUGCGAUCGAAUUAUUCGAAGGUUUUGAGUAAUGUCACAAUUGACGCAACUUCAUCGACGCUGCUGCUGGCAAAUCUUACUGAGGGCGUCACGUACACGGUCAGCGUUGCCGCCUCCACAAAAGCCGGCGUUGGACCCUUCAGCAAUCCUGCCACUCUGCGUCUUGAUCCAAUCACGAAGGAAUUAGACCAAACCUCUCAUCGCUAUCCAGUUAGUCAUGAGAAUAUGGACGACUUUUUAACUCAACCGUGGUUUAUAGUAAUCUUGGGAUCUUUCUUAGCACUAAUGAUGCUCUCGUUUGGUGCUAUAGUGUUUGUCAAAAGAAAGCAUAUGAUGAUGCCCCAACCUGCGCUGGUCACAAUACGAGCUCAUCAUGCAGGUGGUAUGGUCAAGAUUCCUCGCAAUAAUUUGUGGAUGGAUCAGCCUGGCGUGGUCUGGAGUAAUCAAUCAUGUGAUCGAGGAAAGGAACAAAUUCAAGACUAUGCGCCAGUUUGCACAUCUACAACACUUCCAUUGGAACAGCAAUACCAACAUAAUCGUAAUCGAUAUAUCGAGCACACAGAGUAUCCGAGCGAUUACGCCGAAGUAUCGUCUUUCAAUCCAUUACCACUUCAUGAAGUCAAUGUUGAUGGCCAAGAAGAAACUCCAUUGAACACGGCGCCCAGUGAAUACAGCUUAGAAGGAACACGUUCGCCAGCACCCUACGCUACGACCACAUUGAUUGCAAGCUCAAGAUUUAUUAAUGCUCCGGGUGACACUGCCGGUAACAACAGUCUUCAUCGUCAGGUAUUAAAAACAGGGGCACCGCAAAACAGCUACGGCUGUCAUGGACCGGAUGGAGGAAGCAUGUACUACAGUACAAAAGCCUAUUCGACAAAGCCAGUCACUCCCGGUUCACAGGUCUUGGGUAGAGCUAGUUACGGUCGCGACGUAUACUCAAAAUCAUAUCUCAAUCCGAACGAGAAAAUCAAUAUCCUUGAGAAUAAACUAGCAUCCCAUACCAUGUCCAUGCUAUCCGGUGGCAUUGCGCCGGUCUGCGUCGUAUAUGAACAGCUACCACCUAGCCAGAACGGCGCUUCCAAUAGCCAUAGUGUAGCGAGUAGUGCUUGUAGUGCAACCAGCGGAAGUACCGGUAGCAGCAGUGGGACUAGUGGAAACCGAGCUGCGGUCACCGACAGCAUUACUACUUUAUGUGCUUCUGAGCCUAGCCGUUCGUUUGAAUCGUUGAACUCCGAGCAAACAGUAAGGAAUGGUAGCAAUAAAAAACGUUUCAAAGUUUCCCGGACACAGAUCACCAAACCACAACCGGGCAUUGGUAACAUAAAGGACCUCGCGACGGCUAGUGAGUAUGGUAAUCAGGUCGCUCCACACCAGCAAAGAAAAAACAUUUCUUUGUUGAAUAACCUAGGACCAAAAGAGCAACUGUAUAUUAAGGUUGGCGAAACGAGGGCGUCAGGAGGUACCAACAGUUGGAGCCACUCUACCGCCGUAGCAAUGGCCGGUCUAUACCAAAAUUCUACGACCGCCUUGCAGGUGGAUGGAAGCAGUGCUGACCAGGUUGUCUACCUGCCAAUUGGAAACCGAAGUGUCAUUAGCUAUCGUUCCGUUUCGGACCACGCGACUGAUGUCUGA